CACGCCCCCCACAGGCUAGAGUAGAUCCAGCUCAUAUCCUCCGCCAUUACCAGUGUUUGAUGUAGACUUCCACAUAUAAGGAUGUGGUCGUUUUUUGCACGGGAUCCAAUAAAAGAUUUUAAUUAUGAGAUUUUACCGGAGACCCAAGAGGCCUCGGGAAUAUGGACUCUACACCGAGGCAAACGAAAGACGACUGGCGAGCCGGUGUCAGUCUUUGUUUACGAGGUGUCCCAGGGAACGGAGGCCCAGACCCAGCUGGCCAAGGCAGCGUUCAAGCGCAUGAAGACGCUGAGACAUCCGAAUAUCUUGGCCUAUGUGGAUGGACUGGAGACAGAGAAAAGUUUGUACCUGGUUACAGAGCCAGUGAUUCCUCUCUCCACCCAUCUGAAAGCCCGACCUGAUAUGGGUGGUUCUGGAGAACUGGAGGUGUCUUGGGGUCUUCACCAGAUUGUGAAAGCUCUGAGCUUCGUGGUGAAUGACUGCCAUCUGCUUCAUAACAACCUGGGCAUUUGGACGGUGUUUGUGGACCGAGCCGGCGAAUGGAAAUUGGGAGGGCUGGACUACAUGACAUCUCAGCAGGGGGACACCUCAGGCUUACUCCCACCCAGGACCAUACACCCUGACCUGGAGAAGUAUGACCCACCUGAGAACCCCAACAGUGGUGGAGAGAAAUGGGCUGGGGAUGUGUGGCGACUGGGUUGCCUUAUAUGGGAGGUGUUCAAUGGCCCUCUUGCUCGGGCAUCUUCCCUACGGUCACUGGGAAAGGUCCCUAAGUCCUUGGUUCCGCAUUACUGUGAGCUAGUUGGAGCAAACCCCAAAUCCCGACCAAACCCGGCAAACUUCCUCCAGAACUGCCGUGCAUCUGGAGGUUUCCUCAGCAACAGCUUUGUGGAGAGCAAUCUCUUUCUGGAGGAAAUUCAGAUAAAAGAGCAAGCAGAGAAACAGCAGUUCUUCCAGGACCUGAGUGAGAAUCUGGACUCGUUCCCUGAGGAUUUUUGUAAACACAAAGUGCUCCCACAGCUUCUAACGGCCUUCGAGUUUGGCAAUGCCGGCGCUGUGGUCCUCACUCCUCUCUUCAAGGUGGGGAAGUACCUGUCGACAGAAGAGUACCAACAGAAGAUCAUUCCAGUCAUAGUAAAGAUGUUCUCCUCUACGGACAGAGCCAUGAGGAUACGGUUACUUCAGCAGAUGGAGCAAUUUAUUCAGUAUCUGAAUGAAGCUGCAGUCAACUCUCAGAUCUUCCCUCACGUUGUGCACGGUUUCACUGACACCAACCCUGCCAUCAGGGAGCAGACGGUCAAGUCUAUGCUCCUUCUGGCCCCCAAGUUAAACGAGGCGAAUCUGAACCAGGAGCUGAUGCGCCACUUUGCCAGGCUGCAGGCUCGUGAUGAGCAGGGCCCGAUCCGAUGCAACACCACUGUCUGCCUGGGCAAGAUCGCCCCCUACCUCAACUCAGGAACGCGGCAACGUGUUCUGAUCUCGGCGUUCUGUCGGGCCACUAAAGAUCCUUUCCCAGCGUCCCGCGCUGCAGGGGUCCUAGGCUUUGCUGCUACACACAACUACUUUAGUCUGGUGGAGAGCGCCGGCCGGAUCCUCCCCACGCUCUGCACGCUAACCGUCGACCCAGACAAGAACGUCCGAGACCAGGCAUUCAAAGCCAUUAAGAGUUUCCUCAGCAAACUGGAGACUGUAUCAGAGGACCCAUCCAAGCUGGAAGAAUUAGAGAAGGACGUCUUGGCAACGAGUCCCGGGGCCGCAACGUCCGCUGCCUCCUGGACUGGCUGGGCGGUGGGCGGAGUCUCCUCUCUCACCUCCAAACUCAUCAGGAACGUGCCGGCAGGUGCUGAAGGUGCGGCCAAGGAGAACGCUCCCGCAGCCACCGCCAACGCAGGGACCCCUGUCCCAGACGGGGCCAGCAAGGGCAACGCUGAACCAAAGGUGCCCAGGAAUCCUACCUCCACACCCCCCGCCAGUGAGCCUCAGGCUUCACACGCGCCAGAGGAGCCGGACGAGCCGGUCGGGGAUCGCUGGGAGGACGAGGACUGGGGCAGUCUGGAGGACACUGAGAAGGCCCAGACAGACCCUGAGGACUGGUCAACGGGUUGGUCAACGGUGUCAUCAGGCAAGAAGAAGGCCAAUGAGAGAACUCUGGGCGGGGCUUCCUCGGCGAAGAAGCAGAGCUCGGACUGGAGCAGCUCGGGCUGGGACGCCGACGACAGCUGGUCCAACGAGAAGGAGCCGGACAGCCAGGACCAGACCUCGCCGGCCGACGAGGGCUGGGGCAACGACUGGGACGAGGACGGCGGCCUGGGGGACAGCUUCAUCCCCACGCCCAGGGAAGGGUCCUCAGCGGCCGUCGCCCCCAAGAGCGAGGCUUUGCAAGAGGGCGUGCGGCUGGCCAGCGAGUACAACUGGGAGAGCGCCGGAGGGAAAGGAGAGAUGCAGAAUGACCUCUUCGCCAGCGUGUCCCAGAGGACGGCGCCAGCGAAGGCAGAUGAGGGCUGGGGAGCAGACACUGCAGGAGACUGGGGGGCCGAGGAGAACUGGGAGUCCUUGGAUGGGGAUCAAGGCCUCAGCAAGGCAGAGCUGGCCAAGAAGAAGCGCGAGGAGAGGAGGACUAAACUAGAGGCCAAACGGGCCGAACGCAAGGCGGUCAAGGGUCCUCUCAAACUGGGGGCCCGCAAACUGGACUGAGGCGGUGGGGUGGGAUGGAGCAGGGUGGAAUGCCAAAAAGAGAAGGGAAUUGGUGGAGGGAGCCUACUGCGCUGUGAUUGAUCUGGGCUCAUAGUCAUCCAUUCAGGACAUUGCUGGAUAUGGCGUUGGGCUGGAAGAGUUUGAGUUGGAAAGCUAAAAACAUUCCGUGAUCCUGCAGAUGACAAAUUCCUGACGACAAUGGGAGGAGCAAGAGCUACGGACAUGCUAGUGCUUUCUUUCUUUUUUUUGCCCCCUGGCCGAGGCCAAAUGCCAAGGGAUGCAGUUUUCCCCUGUCACUCGCUGGACUGUGACCUAAGAUGAUCAACUAUGACUUUUUAUUUUGCAUCACAGCAGUUUUGUUGUCCUGGAUGUUUUUAUAAUAAAGCUGAUAUUAGAAUCUA